UAUUCCAAUUUUCCCAUUUCCCAGUCACUCAUUCAAACUCAUCCAAACUACUUCACAAAAUUCUCUCAUUUGUUCAGAGUUUUCAUCAGAGUAACUUUCACAUUCAUUUCGAAGAAAACUAUCAUAAAGAAAUGGCAGCAACCAUAUCAACAAUGGCUAUGCUCAACGCCAAAUGUUUGAACAUCAACAACUCGCACAACAAAAUCAACCUUUCAAGAAAGCCCAUCUCUCUUUUAUCCCUUCAAAACCUCCCUAAAGGUCUCACCAUCUCAAAUUCAUCAUCGUCAGAGGACAGCUCCAACUUUUUUUCAUCUACUUUAACCGGAACCGCUAUUGCCGGUGCAAUCUUUUCGACCUUAAGUACAUGUGACGCAGCCUUUGCCGCACAACAAAUCGCAAAAAUUGCUGAAGGAGAUAACCGCGGGAUCGCUCUUUUACUACCCAUAGUUCCAGCAAUCCUUUGGGUGCUUUACAACAUACUUCAACCAGCUCUUAACCAACUAAACAAAAUGAGGAGUUCAAACAAUGGUGUGAUUGUGGGGCUUGGUCUUGGUGCACUAGCAACUGCUUCAAGCUGUUUCCAAACGCCAUCUGCAUCUGCUAUCGAAAUCGCUACCCUUGCUCAAGCAACCGCGGAAAACGACAACAGGGGUUCGCUUUUGCUGUUUGUUCUUGCCCCAGCUGUUCUUUGGGUUCUUUACAACAUUCUUCAACCAGCUUUGAACCAACUGAACAAAAUGAGGCAGUCUGAUUAAAUAAGAUGAAGGAUUUGGGUUUGCUCAAUGAUUUUUUCUUGUUCUUGUCUUCUUUGUUGUUUGAAUGAUUUAUGUAUAACAACAUAGCCGAAAGUGACUUAUAUAUAUGAAUAUAUGUGCUUUUUCCGUAGUA